AUUAACUUUACUCUAAGUAUAAUGUAUCCAACGGUAGGAUAUAAUCUAGGUCCAAUGAAACAACCUUAUGUUCCUCCUCACUAUGUAUCUGCCCCCGGCACCACCACGGCGCGGUGGUCAACUGGUCUUUGUCACUGUUUUGAUGACCCUGCUAACUGUUUAGUUACUAGUGUUUGCCCUUGUAUCACCUUUGGACAGAUUUCUGAAAUACUAAACAAAGGAACAACUUCAUGUGGGAGUAGAGGUGCAUUAUAUUGUUUGCUGGGACUGACAGGAUUGCCUAGCCUAUAUUCCUGCUUCUACAGGUCUAAAAUGAGGGGGCAAUAUGAUCUGGAAGAGGCACCUUGUGUUGAUUGUCUUGUACAUGUAUUCUGUGAACCUUGUGCUCUUUGCCAAGAAUACAGAGAGCUUAAGAACCGUGGCUUUGAUAUGGGAAUAGGGUGGCAAGCUAAUAUGGAUAGACAAAGCCGGGGAGUUACCAUGCCCCCUUAUCAUGCAGGCAUGACCAGCUUUGGCAACUCUUCCAGAUGUUCAUCUUCUGCAUUCACGAAUAUACAGACUACUGGGGGUGUUUAUAUUCUUCGCCAAAUAUCUCAAAUUGAUGAAAGAUUUCAGCCAUCAUGAUAUCCAAGAAAACUUAGGAUCGGACAAGACCUUUAUGACAAUUUCUCUUCGAUUGACAUUAGGGUUUUGCAAUCACAGCAAACCUCAAGUCAGUACUUGCAUGUCAGGAUACUCCGGAGCAAUUAAUGGUUUUCUUUCAUGUUUAAGACUUAAAAAGUCUCACUAGCUGCUCUUGUUCACCUUUUGUUCUUAUUGUUCAUCAUUAUUACUUCUCUGCCUAAUUAGCAUAUGCCAAAUCCUUACAAUUCCUCAUGUCCUAUGAACCCGUUUGUAUUACAAGCGCUUUUCCUAUCUACUAUUAUCUAAAAAUAAUCAAGUUAUUAAUGACUGGACGAAACCAAGAAAUAACCCCUCCUGUGCGAAAUUAUAAAAUACACACAUCAAUUAAUCCUGGAACAUGGUGGUUUGCAGUCUUUUGAUGUAAACGGGUUUGGUGGAUGGCAAAGAAUCAUGCUCACAUUACAGUGAACUAAGUUGCUCGGACUCUUCACUUAAUGUGCCGCACUCGUGCGACACGACACGACGUGGU